UGAUAUUGUAUGAAAUUUAUUUCAGGUUUGCGGUAACAAUCCGUAUGUUCUGACUAGAUGUGCUCAGGUUCUUCAAGAGCAGGCCAACAUUGACUUUGUUGAUAUCAACAUGGGCUGUCCGAUUGAUCUAGUCUAUCAACAGGGAGGUGGAUGUGGCCUUAUGAGGAGAGAAAAGGUUCUCUAUUCAGUUGUGGAGUGCAUGAAUGAUGUGCUGGAUAUACCUUUGACUAUAAAGAUGCGAACGGGAGUGUAUAGCGAUAAGAAUACUGCGCAUAAGCUCAUAAGCGGUCUUUGUGAUCGUGGAGUAUCUCUAAUAACUGUUCACGGACGCUCGAGAGAGCAACGCUACACGCGCUCUGCUGAUUGGAACUAUAUUGAAACAUGUGCUGCGCUAGCUGGACAAACACCACUUUUUGGCAACGGAGAUAUACUCUCUUACCAGGAUUAUGUUGAAGCGCGAGAAAAUUGUCCUUCUAUCUCUGGAGUCAUGAUUGGCCGUGGUGCUCUGAUUAAGCCAUGGAUUUUCACAGAGAUAAAAGAGCAGAGAAUCUGGGACAUAUCAAGCUCAGAACGUUUUGAUAUUAUGAGAAAGUAUGUCAACUAUGGUCUACAUCAUUGGGGCAGUGACACAAAGGGUGUGGAAAAUACUCGUAGAUUCUUAUUGGAGUGGUUAUCAUUUCUGUACCGUUAUAUUCCUGUUGGUUUACUGGAACGUCCGCCUCAAAAAGUGAACCAGCGACCUCCAUUCUACAGGGGGAGGGAUGACUUGGAAACUCUCAUGGCAAGUCCAAAUUCUGAUGACUGGGUCAAAAUUAGUGAAAUGCUGCUGGGACCUGUUCCUGAUGGUUUCACUUUUCUUCCAAAGCAUAAAGCCAACUCAUGGAAAUGAGUUAUGAGAAAUGAUAACUCAUGGAGUUAUCCAAUCUCAGAUUAACUCAGGAAUUGGUUACUAAAUGCAUACUGUAUGUAAUGCAGAGUUGUAUGACUCAGAAUAAACACCUUGAGUAUUCAAGAUAAA